AUGAAGUUCCUCUUGUCGAAUUUUCAAGCGCUUCUUGCCUUGUCCUUCGCGCUAGGCUCCCAAGCUCAUCCUCGGAGUUCGGUUGUUAAGCGUCUUGACACAUAUGACGCCACAUCAGACUGCCAGCCAUGGCAUAGCGAGGAAGACUCGAAGAACCUGUGGCAUGACAGUUUGGCAGGAGUGAUUGGAGAUGACUUUAUUAAUAAGCAUGGCCUGAAACGCUGGGCACUGGAGUUAGAUAAGGAGGUCUUUAAUGAACCUCAAAAUUCCUGGUUCUGUGAAGACCCGUUCACAACAUGCGAGGUGGAUAAGGAGUGCCACGAGUUUGCAGACAAAGGUGUGGAGGGUGCAUACUACCUGCUUCUCUCUCUCCAGAAUGCUAUUGGUGUUAUGCGCAGUGUCCGUGAAUACCUGGUAGAGGAUGCUGUUAAGGAACAUCUUAAUGUCCCUCAGAUUACCGAUGAUUUUAGAAAGGAGGCCAGUGAUGAAGAGCCCGAUGUCCUUGCCCUGCUUUCAGCAACCUUUGCUAUGGUUGGUGGCGCUGUUGCUCCUAUAGCACCAGCUGCUGGAGUAGCUGGAUUUGCAUCGGGCAUGCUUAGUGCCGCGGGCACUUUUGAUUCCCCGGAGCCAGAUAAAACAGAAGACUUUGAGGGCAGGCUUGCAGACAUGGUUCUGAAAGUGUUCCAGUCAGCACAGAACAAAGUUGAUGAUAUUAUUGGUGCUUUAGUUGGCGAGGAAGGAAAGGAUCAAGACUUGAUUCCACAGGAGAUGCAAAAGCAGUCAUUUGACAAUGCUGCCAUUAACGCUCUUGCUGAUGGACAGUGGCUAAGUGAUGAUCCAGGCCAAGGAGUGAAGGAAAGCCUUGAUACCGCAUACACAAGACAUAAGCAAUAUUUGGCCUGGACAAUGAUCCGAUUUGGACGCAAGGCGUUUUAUUAUCUUGACACCGGCGCUGAUAAAGAAAAGUGUGGUGAUGGUGACGGCGACAAAUCAGAGGAGUUCUACAGUGAUAGUGCUACAGGAUGUGCCAAGCUCAUGGAGGUUGAAGAAAAUCCGGAUGGUGAAGCCACGUUCGAGUACAUGCCCCAAGAUAUUCAUGACAAGCUCUGGGGGAAUGAUGGCAAAUACAAUCUCGAUGUGAAGGAGACGUUCCAAAAUGCCUAUGAGUGCUGGGUUGACAAUGAUGGAAAGGUUGGAAAGCCUGACAUUGAGAACUCUGAGUUUUCAGAUAGGUUGGCGCUACCGAAGUGCUGGUUUGGAAUUCCCAUUGUUAGAGGUUCGAAACAAGACAGGGCGCCGAUUUGGGGAGCCAGCUAUGAAUCAUUCAAACUGGAUGAAUUCCCGGGCCAGGAGGCAGGCCGUGAAUGGUAUGGAAAGUUCAACGCGGAUGGUCGAGUUGACUAUGCGAAAAAGUAA